AUGUACAAACUAAAACUUUUAUAUGCUUUUGGAUUGUUAGUGAACUCUUCAUUAUCAUUAACAAUUCACUCUACUUCAAGUUCAAUUGUUCCCCCCUCAGUUGCUCAUCCACUAGAUGAUAAUACCUAUUUUUAUCCUCAUCCAACUCCGGUUUCCAACUGUGAAUUGACCUUUUCAACUGAUGAAUAUACUACUACUGUAGCGUUUUCUUAUGGUUGUCCAACUGGUUCAGUAACACCACCACCAAACUUCCCACCUACAGUUCCGUAUGGUUGUACUUACUUUGCUUCAAGAACGUAUUGUCCUUAUAAUUGUGACACAUCCUUGGUCCAUUAUUAUGAUUACCUUGUUCAAGUUACUUCUUGUCCUGAACAACUGUGUAUUUUUGAUAAGUCUGGUGGUAGACCAUCUUUUAAAUGUGAGCCUACAACCCUGACUGAUUCUUGGAGUUCUUAUAUCCCAUCUGAAGUAUCAAAUGAAGUAUCAGCUACCCCUGACCUAGAUAGUAUUUCACAUGAUAAUAGUACUUGGCAUGAUAGUGGUUCUACUGAUAGAACAACAUACUAUCCAAAACCAGAACAUCCAAUGACAACAAAAAUGCCAGUCACUUGUGAACUUAAGCAAACAUCUUCACAAGGCAAUUCAUGGAACGACGUUUCAUGUAAUUAUUUUCCAACCGAAUGUACAAAAGCGACAACAUUCAAUGUCCACAAUCAAACUGUAACAUACAUUUGGUGUCCUUCAACUACAAUUGAGUUAUUCUCUUCUGGUGAAACUACAACCACAUUUUGUCCUUUUAAUACUUGUUAUGACUAUCUGGACCACACGGAUAAUAGUGGAAAUACUAGAGUUGAUAAUAGUGGUUUUGAGGUUCAUACAACCCGUGCAACUCUUGCUGCUACUGUUACGGCAAACGCUGGUACCGUUGCUAUUACAAAGACUGCUGCAACUAUUGAUACCAUUUGCACUGAAACUAAAACUAUGGAUGACAGAGUUGUCGGUGGGCAUGGCCAUGCUCAAGGUUCCUUCGAUUAUACCCAAAACAUAAUAAAUACUGAUAAUAUCCCAAUUUAUAAAACUAAGGAAGACACUGAUACUGAUUGCUAUAUCAUCACUACUUGUCCUACUCCGGUCACAUUGACUGUGACUCAUGAAAUUACAAGAACGGAAACUGUGACUGAGUACAAGACACUUACUGCUAAUGACCACGGAGAUAUUUGUAUUGUUUCUACUACCAAUGAAGUAAACCCAACUCGGACUUCUUAUAGAAAUCAAGCUAUCAUUACAUCACAGGCAGUGAACGGUGAUUUCUACCACGGGUAUCCUUCUAAGCCAAACUAUCCAGAUACUUGGAAACAACAUGGUACAGAAAAAGCAACCACAACAGAAACACCUGAAACUUCGGUUGAGAAACCGCUUGAUGAAUCAGAAACUUCAGGAGAGAAGCCAGCUGAUAAACCUGUUGAUGAGUCAGUCGAUAAACCAGCUGAUGAACCCAUAGUAAAACCAAACCAUAAACCAACUGAUAAUCCAAUUCGUACAACUGAACCUAUAACUUCGACAAUUGGAAACUAUUCAAUAGAUUAUAGGAGUACAACGUGGAGAAACUCAUCAACUUUAGUAACGACAGUAGUAAAUUAA